UAUCUUUCUUUUGAUAGCUGAACCUCGAACGCGUCCUUAUUCAAAGUUAGUGCCGGAGUAAGUCUUUCUGAGUUAGUAGCAGACUUUUGGUCCUGGCAAAUUGUAAACUUGCUCAUUAUUAGCACCAUAAUAUAACGAAGGAGCCGUUUUAAAUGUGAGAAGAUUUACUGACACACACGAUUCAAAUGUCAAAGAUGACGAUGGCGACCAUAAACUCCAUUCCAGCUAAGCUUCAAACGAUAGCUGGAAUAGAAGAGAGGGCAAUUCAAUGUGUCUUGUGCCAAGAACGAUUCAGACAACCAAAAAGUUUACCAUGUUUUCAUUCUUACUGUCUUGAAUGUCUCGAGCAGUGGGUGAGCAAGACGGGGAACUCCUCAUGCCCUGUCUGUAGGGAGCACUAUCCAAUCCCAGACGCAGGCCUUGAGGAAAUAGAAGAAAACAGCUGCAUCGUGAGUCUUCUAAGCAUGGUGGCUGGUCUUGAGAAGGAAGAAGAAGCCAAGUGUGUCGUGUGCGAAAGAGACGCCGAAUACAACUGCAAAGAUUGUAAGGAGUUCCUUUGCACAGGUUGCAUGCAGAUGCAUCGUCGGUUACCAGUCACCAGAGAUCAUAUACUCUUGCCAUUAGAAGAAUACAAACAACAGCCUUCCAGAGAGCGUCUGCUCGUCAAACCUUCACCGUGUCCAACACAUAAGACGCUGCCACUGAAAUUCUUUUGCGACUACUGUCGCGUUCCUGUUUGUACUGAGUGCACUGUUGUUACACACAAGGGUGAAACCCACAGAUUGCGUAACAUAGAUGACGCGUUUACUGAGUUCAGUUCGAAAGUAGUUGGUUUGAGGUCAAGAUCUAAGGAUGCUAGGACGAACCUUGAGGACGCUAUUGACCGACUAGCAGCAAUGAAGUUAAAGUUGAAAAACGACCGCGGCCUUUGCUUGAAAAAGAUUCAAGAACAUGAAAAUCAUAUGCACCACUUAGCUAAGCAAUGUGGUCAAAUUCUUAAGCAGAAUUUGGAAUCUACCUACACCACGAAAGAUCGAGCAAUUGAUGCACAGGUGGAAGAGUUAGAACUUGCUUUGGUCAGGCUUACAAACAUCAUGGAGUUCACUGAUACACUGUCAACAUGUCCAGACAAGGCAGCUGCUUUGGUGUCGAGCGAAGAAGCGUCUAAACGACUGGAACACAAGACGAAAAAUCUUCCUCCCCUUGAACCAUACGAAAAUGGUUUUCUAGAUUUCGUUCCAGACGAGGAACCAUUGACUCUAUUGAACAAGAAAAGUCUUGGGGUUAUCGCUGCGUUUAGAGAAGAGUCAAUGCAGCUGCAAAUCAAAGACAUCAGAGAUCGAAUCUUCGUCACCAGACGACAAGCUUUCACCGUCACAGUCACAACCACUGAUUUAUCAGGUGCAAAAAAGGUCACGGAGGGUGGUGCGAGAGUAACUGCCGUUUUGAAGAACAAAUCUGGGAAAACUAUUUCCGUGACAAUUACAGACAGAAGAGAUGGAGAGUAUGACAUUCGUGGUGAAUGCGCUGAUGAAGGGAACUGGAUGUUGGAAGUUAACAUAUACGGGCGGCCAAUCAAAGGAUCACCUGUCCUAGUUACAGCAGAGCAAGAAGGUAUAGUCGGCACUGUUAAUCUUUCCACCCAUUGGGUCAAUGCAACAUAUAAGGUCCGAGGUAUAAUGGUCAAUAAAUUUGGCGAUGUUUUAGCAUGCAAUGACACCAACCAGAUACUAGAAUACGACAAAGCCGGUGGAUUCCGAAACAAGAUUAGUCUUACACAAGGAAUACGCGUUUCAAAUAUUAGCCCACUAAGUAGCCACGGUCUCCUCGCAGUAGCCGACUUAAGUAACAAGGAAGUUAUAAUAUGCAGCCCAGACGGAACCCCAAAGCGAUGGUUCGGUAAGGAUGACCUUGUCUGGCCUCUUGGUACAGUUGCUGAUGAAGCUAGUGGAUGCGUGUUCGUUGUCGACAGAGAUGCUCAUUGCUUCGUGAAGUUCAGCCUAGAUGGCAGACUUCUUGGAAGGUUUGGAUCUGAAGGAAGUGCCGUCGGUCAUCUUAAGUAUCCAAGAUACUGCGCAUUGACAAGAGAAAGUCACGUGAUAAUCUCUGACUGGGGUAACCAUAGAGUCCAAUUAUUCGACAGUGAGGGGAACGUCUUGAAAGUUCUUGUGGAGGGUGGCCAGGGAGAUGGUCGCGUCUGGGGCCCAGAGGGUGUUGUCGUCGAUCGCGAUGGCAACAUCAUUGUGGCUAGUACUCACAAGCUGCAGCUUUUUGAUAGUCAUGGUAAGUUUGUGAAGAGGAUCGACAAGCGAGAGGAUGGAUUGAACUAUCCAAUGGGUCUGUCGCUCAUCCCAAACCGCAUUCGACAAGUCACUGUGGCAAAUUCUGGGAACAAUACAUACAAAUCAUUCAAUUAUUAGCUGGUGCUGCCAGCACCUAAUUAAUAGUUUACUGUAGAAUCAUUUAAGUCAUAAUUUUUCCUUAAUAUAGUAUUUGUGUUUGUUAAUUUAUGAAUCCAACGGCCCGUGGUAAUAUCGCCUCAAGCGCUUUAUUUAAGGCACCGCUAUAUAGUACUUAGACUUUUUAUUAACACUAUUAUAGUAUGCCGUCUUUUCGAAUAAAUAUAAUUAAAUAAUUAAAUACUAUUUACUAUUUACUUAGCAAUGUAAAGAAAACUUUACUUGUAGAUUAUUUCGUAAACUCAUAUUGUUUUUACAGAAAUUUUAUUUUAAAUAUGUUAUAGGUAUUUUCACAUUAUAAAAAAUUUCGUUAUGAACUUUAUACUUGCAUGUGAAAAAUGUAUAAUUAAUUCAGAUGCACUUUUAUAAUUUAGGCUAAGUAUUGCGUUUGACAACACUAUGUGUUCUGAAUCGAGAUUUGACAAUUGUGUAUAAUGUUUUAUUAUUUCGGGUAAUUAUUGCACGGCUGACUUGAUAGGCCUUUAAAUAUCAAUCUUAUCAACUAUGUGAAUGUAUGAAACUUACGUUGCUGUUUUUUUGUACGGUACAGUACCGUAAAACUCGAAUAGAAGCUGGGCUUCUUUUUUCAGGACCCUUGGACAAACUUCUUUUUUUAGAAGUGGCGUAUCUAGAAGUCUUGAAGUUGGGGGGGGGGCUGCGAAGGUGAAGUUGGGGUAGGGGUCGAUGAGGUGGGCGCUUCCUCUCGAGAUUAAGCCCAUGGGACUUCUGAUCGAGGUUUUACGGUAUUUACCAUUUGUGAUUACUUGUUGUGGGUAUCUGUUAGUUCGGAGUAUAAUAUCAU